AUGGUCACCGACUUUCCCCCUGAUUAUCUCCAAGUGGUGGGCUUCGUUAUCUUGGCCACUUCCUCUUCUGGAGUCUGCUCCCUCGCCUCUCGCAGCUGCCAGCCCUUCCGGGACACUCCUCUGUCGUGGCCCGCCGCCGCACUCAAACCCCCGGCCCAGCAACCCGCGCGGGAGGGCUGCCGCCCCGGCUGGGUAUUUCCUCUUCCCUCGAUGAGGCCGGGGCGGUAGGAGGAGGAAGGGGCCGGGAGCACUCCAGCGCGGCGGGCGGCCUCGCAGCGGCUGUCGCUGCGGCAGGGGCGGAGCAGAGCGGGAGGCGGCGCCAGCAGUCGGCCGGGCCCAGAGUCACCGUGUCACGACGCCCGGGAAGCCGCUGCCGCUGGAUCCGCCCCCCGCAGGGCGAGAGGGGAAGAGGGGAGGCCGGCUCCUUGCCUUCUCAUAUAUUUUUGCCCCCUUCCCGGCCUUGCUCCUAGCCCCUGUUCUUUCCCAGUAGGUUUCCGUGCGUGCCGCGGCGACAGGGGACCAGGCCGCAGCGGCGCCCGAGGAGGCCGCGGGAGCCCCGAGACAGGCCUGGGCCACCGCCUCUGGACUAGGAUGUCCCGACAUGAAGGUGUCAGCUGUGAUGCAUGUUUAAAAGGAAAUUUUCGAGGUCGCCGAUACAAGUGUUUAAUUUGCUACGAUUACGAUCUGUGUGCAACUUGUUAUGAAAGUGGUGCAACAACAACGAGGCAUACAACUGAUCACCCAAUGCAGUGCAUAUUAACAAGAGUAGAUUUUGAUUUGUACUAUGGUGGAGAAGCUUUCUCUGUAGAGCAGCCACAGUCUUUCACUUGUCCUUAUUGUGGGAAAAUGGGUUAUACAGAAACAUCUCUUCAAGAACACGUUACUUCUGAGCAUGCAGAAACAUCAACAGAAGUGAUUUGUCCAAUAUGUGCAGCAUUGCCUGGAGGGGAUCCAAAUCACGUCACAGAUGAUUUUGCAGCUCAUCUUACACUGGAACACAGAGCUCCUAGAGAUUUAGAUGAAUCCAGUGGUGUUCGGCAUGUACGUAGGAUGUUCCACCCAGGCCGGGGUCUGGGAGGCCCACGCGCACGUAGAUCAAACAUGCACUUUACUAGCAGUUCCCCUGCUGGUCUUUCGUCUUCUCAGAGUUCGUAUUCUCCAAGCAAUAGAGAAGCCAUGGAUCCUAUAGCUGAGCUUUUAUCUCAGCUAUCAGGCGUGAGGCGUUCUGCAGGAGGACAGCUGAACUCCUCGGGCCCUUCUGCUUCUCAGUUACAGCAGCUGCAGAUGCAACUGCAGUUGGAACGACAACAUGCACAAGCGGCAAGACAACAACUGGAGACUGCGCGCAAUGCAACUAGACGUACUAACACGAUCAAUAUCAACACCACUAUGACACAAUCUACAACAACCACCAACACAUCUAACACAGAAAACAGUCAGCAGACUGUCCAGAACUCCCAGUUUCUUCUUACAAGGUUGAAUGACCCGAAGAUGUCGGAAGCAGAGCGUCAGUCGAUGGAAAGUGAACGGGCAGACUGCAGUCUGUUUGUUCAGGAGCUUCUACUGUCCACUUUGAUGCGGGAAGAAAGUUCUUCCUCAGAUGAGGAUGAGCGGGGGGAGAUUGCAGAUUUUGGUGCUAUGGGCUGUGUAGAUAUUAUGCCUCUAGAUGUUGCUUUAGAAAACCUAAACUUAAAAGAGAGUAAUAAAGGAAAUGAGCCUCCUCCACCUCCUCUUUGAUGACAUCCCACUUUGCAGACAGUGUCCUCUGUGCUGUAUUUGCCAAUGAAAGUGGACAACAACUAUCUUGGGUUUGUUUUGGUGAUUGUAAUUUCAGGUCUGUCACUCUUGUUACAUUGUGUACAUUCAAAAGAAAGAGAGAAAAGAUAUAUAUGAUAAUCAUUUCCACUUAACUAAUUUUUACUUUAAGCAGGUAAAUGUAGGUUGCAGUGCAGAGCAAAAAGCUCUGUGUCCUGUACCUUGACAUGCAAAAGGCUCUCUUAAUACUCCACAUUCAAACUGAAGAGGAAACAAAAAAUGAAAAAUCUCUAAUGAAGCUGCUGUGUGUAUUUAUGAAUAUUAAUGAAUAAAAACUGCUUGGAUGGUUUACCUUAACUACUGCAUGACGUUUUUUGCAGCGUGCAUGAAUUAUUAGUGACCUUGUCUUUGGAAAAAAAAUUAAAUGCAAAGAGUAAAAUUAUAAGAGACGAAGCUUUCCCAUUACUCAGAGGUUACGUUGAGAGAAACAUUACUUUCUGGCCACAAAUUGCUUGUCAGCACUAGCUUUCAAAUACUGUGUGACAGAAUGACGCCUUUGAGCUGUCCUUGCACAGGAUGGAUCUGCUGUGGUGACCAGGGGGCGGCCUUUUGCUGUAUGUGACCUUAAUAUCGCCCUGCUAGCCAUCACCUCGGUGUGGCGCUGAACUUCAUGUUAUGCGUCUGUAGGAGACACAACAGUAAGGCCAGGGCUGGAAUUACUGAAGGGGGCUUUUGUGUGCCCUGAAGUCAAACGGUG